GCGAAGCUCCGAGGAGCCUUCGGCGCCCGGCCCACCUCCGCCUUUCCGCCGCCGGCUCGCGGCUCUGUCGCGGCUCCGGGGACUUCCUGCCGGGGCGGCGACCCCAGCGCCUCCACACGCUGCGGCCCGGGACCUCUGGGCCGGGGUCCGAGUCCACAGCCGCGCGAGCCUUGACUUGACCGGCGUGCUCCGCUGACCCCGCUCCCCGAGCCCGCGCACUGAACUGGCGCUUCCUAAGUAGCUGUGGGCUGAAAUAAGAGACGGACGGGUCCAGUCUCUCCUCCCGCAAGGUCCCGCGGGCCCUUGGUGCCGGUCCUUCGUCUAGGCCGGGCCGCCGGGUGCGAGCCCUUCUGUACGUGUCACCUGUCUCUAUCAGCGGCCCUUGGAGGGUGGCCCACACACCGCGGCAUCGGCACCAACUGCAGCUCUGUACAAACGCAGAUUUUCAGGCCGCACCCCAGACCUCCUGAGUCAGAAACUCUGGGUGUGGGGCCGGCGACCUGUAUUUUAACAAGCGCUCUCGGUGAAUCUGAUGCCCGCUGAAGCGGGAGACCCACUGUGGGCUCCUCACAGCAGACCUGCCACCAGCGAGGGCGCGGAUGAUCCUCCCCAAGUUACAGAGGAGGCCACUGGGGCUUAAAGAGGUCGUGUCUUGCCAAAGACUACACAGCUAUGCUGCAGGAGAGAUGCUGCAAGACACAAAAUCUCUGUGAAAAUGAAAACUCAGUGGGAAGAGGCAGGCUGUAAAUACACAAACAAGUGCAAAGAGAAGAAAUAUGAUUAUGAUAAUCUGCCCACGACAUCUGUUGUCAUAGCGUUUUAUAAUGAAGCCUGGUCAACUCUCCUUCGGACAGUUUACAGUGUCCUCGAGACGUCCCCGGACAUGCUGCUGGAAGAAGUUAUCCUGGUGGAUGACUACAGUGAUAGAGAGCACUUGAAGGAGCGCUUGGCCAACGAGCUGUCGGGCCUGCCCAAGGUGCGCCUGAUCCGCGCCGGCAAGAGAGAGGGCUUGGUGCGGGCCCGGCUGCUGGGGGCAUCCGCAGCAAAAGGUGACGUGCUAACCUUCCUGGACUGUCACUGUGAGUGCCACGAGGGGUGGCUGGAGCCACUGCUGCAGAGGAUCCACGAAGAGGAGUCGGCAGUGGUGUGCCCAGUGAUUGACGUGAUCGACUGGAACACCUUCGAGUACCUGGGGAACGCUGGGGAGCCCCAGAUCGGAGGUUUCGACUGGAGGCUGGUGUUCACGUGGCACGUGGUUCCCCAGAAGGAGAGGAUGCGGAUGCGGUCCCCUGUUGACGUCAUCAGGUCUCCAACAAUGGCUGGUGGACUGUUUGCUGUGAGUAAGAAAUAUUUUGAAUAUCUGGGGUCUUAUGAUACAGGAAUGGAAGUUUGGGGAGGAGAAAACCUCGAAUUCUCCUUUAGGAUCUGGCAGUGUGGUGGGACUCUGGAAAUACACCCGUGUUCCCACGUUGGCCACGUUUUUCCCAAGCAAGCUCCCUACUCCCGCAGCAAGGCUCUGGCCAACAGCGUCCGCGCAGCCGAAGUGUGGAUGGAUGACUAUAAAGAGCUGUACUACCACCGCAACCCCCGCGCGCGCUUGGAACCCUUUGGGGAUGUGACAGAGAGGAGGCAGCUCCGGACCAAGCUCCAGUGUAAGGACUUCAAGUGGUUCCUGGAGACUGUGUAUCCAGAGCUGCAUGUGCCUGAAGACAGGCCUGGCUUCUUUGGGAUGCUCCAGAACCAAGGGCUGGAAAAAUACUGCUUUGACUACAAUCCUCCCGAUGAAAACCAAGUCGCGGGACACCAGGUCCUUUUGUACCUCUGUCACGGGAUGGGCCAGAACCAGUUUUUCGAGUACACGUCCCAGAAUGAGAUACGCUACAACACCCGCCAGCCGGAGGCCUGCGUGGCGGUGGAAGCAGGAAAAGACAUUCUCAUCAUGCAUCUCUGCGAAGAAACGGCCCCCGAGAAUCAGAAGUUCAUCCUGCAGGAGGAUGGUACUUUAUUUCACAAACAGUCCAAGAAAUGUGUCCAGGCUUCGAGGAAGGAGUUUAGCGACAGUUUCGUGCCACUCUUACGAGACUGCGCCGACUCGGAUCAUCAGAAAUGGUUCUUCAAGGAACACAUGUAAGAAGGUGUCACCGCACCAAGGAGCCCGUCAAAGGAGAUCGCGGGCCCCGGACUCUGUGCCCAGCAAAGACUUAGCUAAGCACAGCGAUCAUUUUGCCAUUUGGAAAGUGUUGGAUUUAGUAAAAAUAUAAUCUUGGUACUGAUUUUGAGAAAACCUUAAAAAUGUUCCAAAAUACUCUAUUUUUAGAGCGUAAUCAUAAAAUGGUAACUCUUGGUAUUUGGAGAAUUAAACCCUGGUAAUAUUUUUCUAUGAAGAUGUAUAUUUUACACUUGAGCCUUUUAGUCUCACUAGCAAAAAAAAAAAAGUAAAUAUUUUAUUUUGGUAUUUACAAUGAUUCCCAGGUAUCAAGACUCCUGCAAUGUAUUUUGCAUAAACUGAUAAUACCUCAAAUGUUGGGUUAGAGUUUUCUCUGUAGAGAGAUGGACACUAGGAACAUUGUAUUGAUUCCUUCAGAUCAUUGAGAUUUCUAGAUUUAUUUAAUAAAGAAUGCUUUUUGGGUAUGUGUUGUUACCACAGUUAACACUCCAUAAUGUUCAUGUUAGCCAAAGAGGACUAACCGAAGCUGAAAUCAUGAAGAAACAAUUUGCUCUACCAAGCUGAUAUAAACUUGAGAGUGAACUUCUGACAAAACCUACCUGUAGUGUGGCCAGUUGCUUUUCCUAAUGACCACUAUGACUUUAAAACACAUUUAUAUAUCAUUUUUAAUUUUUAUCAUGCAAUAGUGGCAGGGAGAAAUUUAAUGUUCUGUGUGAAAUUCAUUUUUUCAAAUUUGUUCAAUAGUAACAUUUGGUCAUUUUAAUCAGUGUUAGAAUUUGUCCUGCAGCAGCUACUGUGAAAGUUUCUCUCAGUAAUUCUGGUUUGUGAAUGAUCCCAAAUCAACUCUGAGAACUUGUCAACUUGAUAAAGUCAAUAUGAAUGAUUUAAAAAAUAUGAGAACACUGA